CCGCUGGCCGAGCCAGUCCUGCCGCGUCGGGAGGCGCGCAGGGCCCGCCCCGGCGGCGCUGCCCGGCUGGUUCCGCCAGUUGCUGACAGUUCGGGCCGGGGCUGCGCUGGGCCGGGCGCUCCGCAGGACCCAGCUCUCCCCGCCGGCACCAUGUCCCGGGACCCCGAGGAGGUGAACAGGCUGACGGAGAACACGUACAAAAAUGUUAUGGAACAGUUCAAUCCCGGACUGAGGAAUUUAAUAAAUCUGGGGAAGAAUUAUGAAAAAGCUGUUAAUGUUAUGGUAGUGGCUGGAAGAGCGUAUUAUGAUAGCCUUGCAAAGAUUGGGGACAUAUCAGCAGAUUCUCCAGUUUCUAAAGAAUUAGGCCAAGUUCUGGUAGAAAUCUCAAGAACACACAAGAAACUUAAUGACAGUCUAGAGGAGAGUUUCAAAAAAUUUCAUAAAGAAAUCAUAUCUGAACUGGAGAAGAAAACAGACCUGGAUGUAAAAUAUAUGACUGCAACUUUAAAAAGGUACCAAACUGAACACAGAAACAAACUGGAUUCUUUAGAGAAGUCUCAGGCUGAGCUGAAGAAAAUCAGAAGGAAAAGCCAAGGAGCCCGAAAUGUAACGAAGUAUGAGCAUAAAGAAAUGGAGUAUUUGGAAACCGUGAGCUCUCGACAAAGUGAUAUUCAGAGAUUUAUUGCAGAAGGCUGCAGAGAAGCUCUCCUUGAAGAGAAAAGAAGGUUCUGUUUUCUGGUUGACAAGCACUGCAGCUUUACCCAGCACAUGCACUUCUAUCAUGUCCAGUGUGCGGACUUCCUAAAAUCCAAGCUGCCUGGGUGGGAGGAGAUCUGUAGUGAUGCCACCAAAGUGCCUGAAAAAGUGAGAAUGAUGAUCGAUGAGAUCAGGACCCCUGGCUCCACCCCGGUGUCGGGAACGCCGCAGCCUUCCCCGAUGGUGAAGAGAAACACCCUGAUUGGAAAUGAUUUUUAUCCUCACCAAGAAAACGCAUCCAAAGUGCCCCCGGCUCCCACGGGCAGGGCGUACACGAGCCCGCUCGUGGAUAUGUUCAACAAUCCUGCAGCAGCUCCCAAAGCACCUUCUGACAAACUGAACCACUCAGCAGAGAAUUCAGAUGAUGCCAGUUUAUCACGUUCAACUUCUGUUGCAACAGGAUUAAAUAUAAUUAAAAGGCAAAAAGUGAAGACAAUCUUCCCACAUACUGCUGGAAACAACAAGACAUUGCUCAGCUUUGCCCAGGGGGAUAUCAUCACCCUGCUGGUGGCUGAGGAAAAGGAUGGCUGGCUUUAUGGGGAGCAUGACACAACCAGACUAAAAGGAUGGUUUCCAUCAUCAUACACCACACCACUGGAUGAAUCAGCAGAAGAAAAAGCCUUUGCCCCAGUGCCAAGCCCUGCACCAAUCCGGAGUGUCAGCUCUGUGAACCUGGUGGAGAAGGGGGAAGUUGUCCUCCCACCCCCGGACUACCUGGGGGCUGCACAGACAGACAGACGGACGGAGCCGGCCAAAGGCGCCGCGGUGAAAACCCCGAGCGACCGAGGGGAGCAGGCGGGCCCGAAACCUGACAUGAAUGGCAUUAUAAAGCCACCUUUUCUAAGUGGAGAAAACCCCUUUGCAACGGUGAAGCUGCGACCCACAGUAACAAAUGACAGAUCUGCACCCAUCAUCCGAUGAACACAGACACAGUGUGCUUCCUCCUCACCAACACCCAGUUCCAGCAAUGACAAUUACUAUCUCAACUUCUCCUAAAAAAUUAUUUAAAUGUAAUUACUGUACAAUAGAGACAUAUUGGAAUGGAGCUCUGAUGUUUUUUAAAGCUAUGGUUUCUAAUGAGGUAAUUGCUUUGGGGUAGUGUUUGAGCACUUGGGCUUGACUUUACAGUAUGCCUUUUAUUUGUAGUAGGAAUUGUGAAAAUACUGGAGAUAGUCUGGCUACUCUAGUGAAUCAGAGUAAGUAGUAGCUCACAGAAUCUUUGGCAUUCAUUAUUUGGAAGCUGCAAUGGUAAGUUCUAGAAUAUAAGCCUGCAUAUGCCACCUACUAAAGAAGGUAACAGUGAUUUUUUUUUCAAACAGAACAAUGUAUCAACUGCCUUAUUCCAGAAUAGAGAAUUGCCUGUAUAAAUGAUAUGUUAUUUUGUGUAAGAAAGAUACCUUAGGUUAUAAAUAAAUAUUUAUCCCCUUAAGAAUAGACAA